AUGGCGGCUCAGUGCGACCCGCUGAGCGGGUACCUGCAACAGCCGCUUUCUGACCCGGGCUCCAACAGCGAGCGCAGCACCGACUCGCCCUUGCCCGGCUCCGAGGAGGACUCAGCCGGCCCGCCGCGACCCCUGCACAGUCCCGAGUGGGGUGAGGAGCGAUUCCGGGUGGACAGGAAGAAACUGGAGGCCAUGCUCCAAGCUGCUGCAGAGGGCAAAGGGAAAAGUGGGGAAGACUUCUUUCAGAAGAUUAUGGAAGAAACAAAUACACAAAUUGCUUGGCCAUCAAAGUUGAAGAUUGGAGCAAAGUCAAAAAAAGAUCCCCAUAUUAAAGUCUCUGGAAAAAAGGAAAAUGUUAAAGAAGCAAAAGAGAAAAUCAUGUCUGUCUUGGACACAAAAAGCAAUCGAGUAACCUUGAAGAUGGAUGUUUCACAUACAGAACAUUCUCAUGUGAUAGGUAAAGGUGGCAAUAAUAUUAAAAAAGUGAUGGAGGAAACAGGAUGCCAUAUCCAUUUUCCAGACUCAAAUAGGAAUAAUCAAGCAGAGAAAAGCAACCAAGUGUCUAUUGCCGGACAGCCAGCUGGAGUGGAGUCUGCAAGAGUUAGAAUUCGGGAGCUGCUUCCAUUGGUACUUGUGUUUGAAUUGCCUAUUGCUGGAAUUCUCCAACCAAUCCCAGAUCCUAAUUCUCCCACAAUUCAGCAUAUAUGUCAGACAUACAAUAUUUCAGUUUCCUUUAAACAACGCUCUCGAAUGUAUGGUGCUACAGUCAUUGUCAGAGGGUCACAAAAUAACACUAGUGCUGUGAAGGAAGGAACAGCCAUGCUUUUAGAACACCUAGCUGGGAGCCUGGCCUCUGCAAUCCCUGUGAGUGCACAACUUGACAUUGCAGCUCAGCAUCAUCUCUUUAUGAUGGGUCGAAAUGGCAGUAACAUCAAACAUAUCAUGCAGAGGACUGGUGCUCAGAUCCACUUCCCUGACCCUAGCAACCCACAGAAGAAAUCCACUGUCUACCUCCAGGGCACAAUUGAGUCUGUCUGUCUUGCCAGGCAAUACCUCAUGGGUUGCCUUCCUCUUGUGCUCAUGUUUGAUAUGAAAGAAGAAAUUGAAGUAGAACCACAGUUCAUAACACAGCUAAUGGAGCAGUUAGAUGUCUUCAUAAGCAUUAAGCCGAAACCAAAGCAACCAAGCAAGUCUGUGAUUGUAAAAAGCGUUGAACGAAAUGCCUUAAACAUGUAUGAGGCAAGGAAAUGUCUCCUAGGACUUGAAAGUAGUGGAGUGGCCAUAGCAUCGAGUCCCUCCGCUGUCUCGUGCCCUGUUGGUCUCUCUUGUUCUGGUUUGGAUAUCUUGUCCUCAGCAGGACUAGGACUCACCGGGCUUGGCCUUUUAGGUCCAACAGCCCUGUCAGUCAACACCUCAACUGCUCCAAGCUCUCUGUUGAAUGCUCUUAAUAGCUCUGUUAGUCCUUUGCAGAGUCCAAGUUCAGGCACACCUAGUCCCACAUUAUGGACAACAUCUCUUGCUAACACAAAUGCCACAGGUUUUUCUGCUAUUCCUCACCUGAUGAUACCAUCCACCGCCCAAGCAACUUUAACUAGUAUUCUGUUGUCUGGAGUACCUAACUACAGUCAAAACACUCCCUCACCACCACCAGGCCUGACUCCAGUUGAAGUCCAUGUUAAUGGCAUGCCACCAGAGAGUAAAAAAGGCUCACCUUCUUUAAAUGGUCAUGUAAAGACCUCAAGUAUCAAAUAUGCUGCCCUGUCUGCCACAUCACUAGGAGAAAAUGUGUUGAGCACAAACCACAGUGAUCCAAUAAGACAGACAAGUACUCAUGGUGCCACAGAACAAGUAUCUGCCAAGUCAAAUAGUGCAGAAGGUUGCAAUGAUGCUUUUGUAGAAGUGGGCAUGCCAAGAAGUCCAUCCCAUUCAGCGAAUACCAGUGAUCUAAAGCAGAUGAUGAGCUCUUCCAAACAGGCCUGUGCAAAGAGACAAACAGUUGAAUUACUCCAAGGCACCAAAAACUCUCACUUACAUACUGCAGAGAGGCUACUCUCAGAUGCAGAGUUAAGUGCUUCUGAAAGUCCCAUGGCUGAUAAAAAGGCUCCUGGAAGUGAGCGGGCAGCAGAGCGAGCAGCAGCUGCCCAGCAGAACUCUGAAAGAGCACGUCUGGCUCCACAGCCAUCAUAUGUAAACAUGCAGGCAUUUGACUAUGAACAGAAGAAGCUACUAGCAACCAAAGCUAUGUUAAAGAAGCCAGUUGUUACGGAAGUGAGAACACCAACAAAUACAUGGAGUGGUUUGGGAUUCUCCAAAUCUAUGCCUGCAGAAACUAUCAAGGAACUAAGAAGAGCGAACCAUGUAUCAUACAAGCCAUCGAUGACCACUACAUACGAGGGUUCAUCAAUGUCUCUCUCACGAUCCAACAGCCGGGAGCACCUGGGAAGUGGCAGCGAAUCUGAUAACUGGAGAGAUCGUAAUGGGCUUGGACCCACAGCUCAUAAUGAAUUUGUCUCCUCUAUUGGCAGCCCCAAACGGAAACAGAAUAAAUCAGCUGAACACUAUCUCAGUAGCAGUAAUUACAUGGACUGCAUUUCCUCACUGAUGGGAAGCAAUGGCUGUAACCUGAACAGUUUAUUCAAGGGAUCUGAUCUGCCUGAGCUGUUCAGCAAACUUGGUUUGGGGAAAUACACAGAUAUAUUCCAACAGCAAGAGAUUGAUCUGCAGACAUUCCUUACUCUUACUGAUCAGGAUUUGAAAGAGUUGGGAAUUACCACAUUCGGUGCUAGGAGGAAAAUGCUGCUUGCAAUCUCAGAACUGAAUAAAAACCGAAGGAAGCUCUUUGACCCAUCCAACAUGCGUGCCUCCUUCCUGGAAGGUGGAGCUAGUGGAAGACUGCCGCGUCAGUAUCAUUCAGACAUUGCUAGUGUCAGCGGUCGCUGGUAG